GGAGGAGCUUUAAACAAAAGGCCUUUGUAACAAGAAAUUCUAAGACGCAGAAUAAACCAACAAAACAGUGUACGUAGCAAACUCGGCAAUGGUUCCUUGGUCGACUUGGUGUCGGUACAUAGUUCACAAGCUCGAGUAUUCAUUCUCUCAUAGCUGGAAGAGCUAUAAGAGAGGUCAAAUCAAUGACCGGGAAUUACAAGAUGCAGUCUGGAAAAAUUUGUUUCAGGGAAAAUUGACUUACUUACACUGGAAUAAAGGAAAGGCAAUGGCCCCAACUAUUGGAGAGCAACAAAGUACUCUUCUUGUUCGGAAGAUUCCAAUCGCUGACCCAAAUCGAGUUUUUCUUGGAGAUGUCGUUGUCUUGAAGGACCCUGACAAUUCAGAAAACUAUCUGGUCAGAAGAUUGGCUGCCACGGAAGGAUAUGAAAUGGUGUCAAAGGAUGAAAAAGAUGAGUCAUUUGUUCUUGAAAAGGACCAAUGCUGGGUAUUGGCUGACAACGAAAAAUUGAAGCCCAAGGAAGCCAAGGACAGUCGGUUAUUUGGUCCAGUUUCUAUGACCGACAUAGUUGGCCGAGUUAUAUAUUGUCUGCAAACUGCUGUUGAUCACGGUCCUGUGCAGAACAGUCAGUACAGCAUGCAAAAGGAUUCUCCGGUGCUGGAGGUAGAGCUGGACGUUGAUGAUAUGAUGAAGAAUCACAAAGCUUAAACUGCCCAUCACUUGAUCCCGACUCCUUUAGUGCCAUCUUUAUCGCCCAUAUUCCUCAAUGGGUAUCGUUUUAGUUUAACAUGGAAGUGAAAGGGAAGGGAAAUAAACAGAAAUGAUAUUGGAUAAUUUCUUCAUUAUUUGCAGCUGAUGAACUCAAAUAGGCAGCCUGUGUUGAAUUUUGAGCUUCUAUUAUAAUGAGCAAUUGGGUAAAAAAUCUUCCCUUAAACUCUGUUAUUGUUU